AUGGCGUCGGACCGGUUCCUCCGCUGCUUCUCGCUUCUGAUUCUCUUUUCAGGGCCCGCCUUGGUGACGGCGUCGUCCUCCAUCGGGAUCAACUACGGCCAGAUCGCCAACAACCUCCCGUCGCCGGACGACGUGGUCCCCCUCGUCAAGUCCGUCGGCGCCACCCGCCUCAAGCUCUACGACGCCGACCCCCGCGUCCUAAAGGCCUUCGCCGGCACCGGCAUCGAGUUCACCGUCGGCCUCGGGAACGAGUACCUGGCCCGGAUGCGGGACCCGGCCCAGGCCCUCGCCUGGCUCAAGUCCAACAUCCAGCCUUACCUCCCCUCCACGAAGAUCACCUGCAUCACCGUCGGCAACGAGGUGCUGACCCUCAACGACACGUCCCUGACGGCGGACGUCCUCCCGGCGAUGCAGGGCCUCCAGGGCGCGCUCGCCAAGCUCGGCCUCGACGACCAGGUCACCGUCACGACCCACUCGCUCGCCGUCCUCGAGACCUCGUACCCGCCGUCCGCCGGGGCGUUCCGGCGGGACCUCGCCGCGCCCCUGACGGAGAUCCUGAAGUUCCAGGCCAAGGCGGGCUCGCCGUUCCUGAUCAACGCCUACCCGUUCUUCGCCUACAAGGCGAACCCCCGGCAGGUCCCGCUCGAUUUCGUGCUCUUCGAGUCGAACCCCGGCGAGGUCGAUCCCUCCACGGGGCUGCAUUACGACAACAUGCUGUUCGCUCAGAUUGACGCGGUUCACUCGGCCCUGGCCUCGCUGGGGUUCCGGAACCUGACGCUGCACAUCUCGGAGACCGGGUGGCCGUCGCGAGGCGAUGCGGAUGAGGUCGGGGCGACCCCGGAGAAUGCCAGGAAGUAUAAUGGGAAUCUGAUGAAGAUCAUGGCGCAGAAGAAGGGGACGCCGAUGAGGCCGAAUGGAGAUUUGAACGUCUACGUGUUUGCCCUGUUCAAUGAGAACAUGAAGACCGGGCCGACGUCGGAGAGGAAUUACGGGUUGUUCAAGCCCGAUGGGACGCCGGCAUAUGCGCUUGCGCUGAACGGAAGCAGCGAUGCUGGUGGGAAUGGGACGAUUCCCACGAAAUCUGGAUCCCCACCACUGGCCGCAGAAACACCGGCUUCGACGAGCACGGGCUCUUCCACUGGUUACUUGGCCAUUUCUUCGGGCGUGGAAAGAUGCCAUUCUGCUCAAACUCUCUUCGUCUUGUGCCUGGCUACAAUUAAGCUGCUCUUUUGACGGCAAAACCAAGUCAGAAUUACAAGUGCUUUGGAAGUGUCAUCGAAAUCAGCAGUUUAUCAAAAAGCAUAAAGAGUCAAAUUGAAGAAUGUCGGACACAUUUCAGCAGAUGAUGCAAGAUGCAGUAUCUUGAUUCAGUUUUUAGAUUAUAGGCAUGUUGAGAGUCGUACACAUUUUGGCCUUCUAUUUUUGCUAUCUAUUGACCUGAUUAUUUAGUUAGGGUAUGGUGGUGUCUUAGAACUUAUUGUAUCGAACAUUUAAAAGAGAUGAUCAUUUAUUGUCCAGUUGAGACUUGUAAUUCUGUCGAAUCUGUUUAGCUAGGUGAAGGAAUUUGAGGAUAAAUUGACGUUAGGAAAAAGUUACCGACCUGAAAUAUGAGAUGUUUGACUUCACGUUUA